AUGGACUGAACCCAACAACACAUCGACUCGAACCGAUUCGCGCACGUGUUCGUCUUGUUGAAUUUCUAUGCCCUAACCCCUGUCUUAAAAAAAUCCCCUUUCUUCUGAAUUCACUUGUUGCAGAGUAACGUUAUUGUUAACAUGGCUUUGUUAUUCAAGGAUCCGGCGAAGCUUUCGGCGUAUCGAGAUAGAAGGUUCCCCGGAACGCAGGAGGAUUUUGAGCACGCGCUUCUGACCUCAACUACCGUUUACGUUGGGAACAUGUCAUUUUACACGACGGAGGAGCAAGUUUACGAGCUCUUUUCGCGUGCUGGGGAGAUUAAGAAGAUCAUCAUGGGCUUGGACAAGAACACCAAAACGCCCUGCGGCUUCUGUUUCGUUUUGUAUUAUUCUCGUGAGGAUACUGAGGAUGCUUGCAAAUACAUAAGUGGGACGAUACUGGAUGAUCGUCCAAUUCGUGUUGAUUUUGAUUGGGGAUUUCAGGAUGGAAGACAGUGGGGGCGUGGUAGGAGUGGUGGCCAGGUGCGGGACGAGUAUCGCACUGAUUAUGAUCCAGGUAGAGGUGGUUAUGGGAAGCUGGUUCAGAAAGAGUUAGAAGUACAAAGGCAGCUUGUAGAUUAUGGUGCUGGUUCUUUGGGUUCUUUUCCACCAGUUAUUCCAACUUCCUAUGGUAGACACGGUGGAAGUCAUGGUCAUGGUGGUUCCCAUCGGCAUGGUAGAGAUUACUAUAGGAAGAGACACCGAGACGAUGACCGCGACCGCCACACGCACGAGUCCUCAAAAAGAACUUCAGAUCAUGAAUCUCGGAGGAACACUGACCAUGAAUCUAGACCGGAAAAAAAUCCACGGUUUCGUGAGAGUGGUGAUUCUGAUGAAGACGAGGACGAUGAUAGAAAAAGACGGGCUUAACCAGAAUUUCAUACUUGAUCAAGUUAUUUUAAAUUGAAACCUUUCUACUGACAUGAAUGAUUAAAGGUGGAUGAUUGUUUGUAUAAUGUAUAUUAUUCCAAAUUACAAAGAUCUUACUUAGUUUAACCUCGUUUGAAAUUCUAGGUUGGAUCUGCUGCAUAUAUAUGGCAGUGCCAUUUUUUAUUGCGUGUUUGUAUCAAUUUUUAUUGUCUUAUGCUUCUGACUACCAACAUAUUAAUCAGAUUUUGUUAACUUUUUCUGA